AACUUGGGCAUGGCAGACCGGUCUCUGGCACUAUCCCAGGAAACUGUGGCCCAGUUCAACCAAGUAAUGACCUCAGAGGAUACAGAUUCCACAUGUCUGAAGGCAGGAUCUAUACCUAUCCGCCGAAACUCCCAGUCCACAGACAUGGCGCCCAGGCCACUGUUGCGUCUGCAGAGUAUUGAAGAAGGGAAGGCCCCUUUCCCACCAUCUCGAAGAAGCUCCAUCAUGAGCAUCCUGAAUGCUCCCUUUCCCAGCAGGAGAAGCUCGAUAGCUACUGGAGGCAGGCGCUUCUCCUGGAUGCACUUUGGUCGAGUGAGUUUCUCUGGGCUACCCCUCUUUGAACCCAUCCGGGAGACGCACUAUGAAAACACCUACAAGACCCAGCCAGAUGAAGGAUGCAGGUUUAGUGCUUCCCAAACCCAGCAGGUUCUUGAGUCUAUCUUAGCCAGCUACCUUGGGGAUACCAAGUACAAUCCUGCAAACAGUGGCCAAUUGGCUCAAAACCUGUCAGAUCUCAUCCGGAACAGAGUCAAAGAAUUGACCCCACCUCGAUAUAAGCUAGUGUGUAAUGUCUUUCUGGGCCAGCAGGCCAACCAAGGUCUGCAGAUUGCCAGUCGAUCCCUCUGGGACAUGGAGAAUGACAACUUUGCCUCUGCCACAUUUACCAAUCCUUACCUUUUUGCUGUAGCCACAGUACAUGGAUUGUAUUUUGAAUGAGCCAUGACUACAUAUUCCAGUGCCCCCUUUCUCCCCA